GUAACUAGACUCCACGAAGGGGUACUCAAUCUCAGCAAGGAACCACGAGAGACACACUGAAGUGCAAACAGAAAGAAGGGGAUGUGUGGUUCAGGAGAUAUCAUCAGCUGGGAAGGGGGAUCGUUGGCAAUCGAGUCCAAGUCGUGCUUUUUCGAACGGGUCAUCAAUUACCCUCUCACCUUUUGUGGGCCCGUUCACUUACUCACGUCUUCCCUAUCCCACCAACAUCAUGAUUCUUUUUUUUUAUCUUAUCUAUUUAUUUAUUCUGUCCUCCGCUUCCCAUAUCUUGCUUCGAUUGUCCAUGCUUCUCAUUACUCAAGGGGUUGGUCGCACAACCCUUUGACCAUCCUGGUUAUACGGGGUUGGAGUCGACAAAAAGAAUUCUUCUUUUCCUUUUUUGUUUUUCAUUUGAGGAAAUGUUCCAAGGCGUAUCCCAUUAUGCUUGUGUUUGGUUUUGCUUCCGGUUCGACACGGUCUGGUCUGUGUGCAUCGAGCUGUUUGUGUCUUAGCUAGCAGAGGACAGACAGGGAUGUAGAAUCCGCAUGAUGAAAUAGAUGAUGACUUAAGCAAAUA